AUGAAGAAAUUGGUUGCUUGGGGCACUAGCACUUCCUCUCGUAUUUGGCAUCGGGACGUUUGUAGUUGGACAACAUUUGAAUUGAUGCACAGAAUACAAGGUCCUCAAGUAAUGAAGAGUUCUUUCUUUUCUCUAUUCAAAAAGAAAAAGAAGUCCAUAUCGGAGCCUUUGUUGAGCAGCGAACAGUUUGCUGACAAGUACAAAAUACAUAAUUUUGAAAUUAACGAUCCGUACUAUAAAUUACCGUUCAAUGAGGUAGCUCUUCAAGAUUACAUCCAUCAAGAAUCGGAAUAUUACGAUCAGUAUUUUACAGAGCAUAAAGCAGAGGUCAAACGCGUGAAAACACAGCUGAAGGAUAUGCAAAAAAAUUUUAAAUCUAGAAAUGUAUAUAGACACAGCGAUAAACUAUUGAUAUCAGAUGUUGAGACAGCUGGUGAAUGGAUAUUGAUAUCAUUCAAUUUUGAUGAAUAUGUUGCUCGAAUUCCUAAAAGCACUGUACCAGAGGAUUUAAUUUUUUCAGAGAGGUUUUACCAAGAUGUUUGUGAAACAUUUGAAAGACAGAACCUAUCAAAAACAUCAUUGCAUUCAAAAACUCUUUCAUCUACGAAUGUAAAUUUAGAAGUAAUAUACAACAAGCAUGGCUUUACGGUAGAAAUUGAAAAAUACGUGAAAAAGCAUGCUAAGAAAAUAUCUAAGGAUAGAAGCGUAUCAUACAAAAUUACGAAGGAAAAGUCUUCACACUGCCUCAAAUAUACUGCAACAGUUGUGGACAUUAACGAUCGAUUAUUUGUGUUCGUAAAAGGAGAGAAGCAGCUACUUCACGUCAUUGACGAUAUCCCGAAUGUUUCUAAUUUUGAAUUAAGUCCUGAGCCUAAUGGACUCGGUUUAUUAUUCACUACAACAGAUGAAAAGCACAGAACCAGCAAAAUUUUUCAUCGAUUUUAUAGAAAUUACUCGUUUGACUCUUUUGAAGAACAGUUAAUUCUUGAAGAGAAAGAUGACAGAUUUUUCAUUGACAUUGGGUGCACUAAAACAAAUAUAUUCAAAUAUAUUUCAAUUAAUAGCAAGAACACAACAGAGGUGCAUUUACUAGAGUCAGACGGAAAUGGAAAUUAUACUCGCACUUGCCUUCAUCGUAGGCAGAAUGGAAUUCAAUUUUUCUUUGAAUAUCACAAAGAAAGUGACUCUUUUUUCAUAAUUUCUAACUCUUCAGAAAAUACAGAUUUGGACAUUUACAGAGCUUCAGGAUCUGAUGUGAGAAGGGCUUCUUCCGAGGUAAUACCAAAAUCAUUGAUAUACCGUCAUAAGAUCGGUCAGUCCAUUCAUGAAAUUGAUAUCUUUUCAAAAUACCUCGUGGUCUACAUCAUAGAAAAUAGCUUAAUCAAGUUGUUGAAAUACGACAUUGCCAAUAACAAGUUCGAAUACCUUCCCAUGGUUCCAGACACUCAUUACAUUGAGCUUGGAGCAAAUUUAGAAUAUCAUGAAAAUAGAUACAGUGUGAAAUGUCACUCAUUGCUUCAGCAAGAUCCGAUCAAAGUGAGUUACAAUCUUGACACCAAUACUUUAGUGAAUAUUUUCAACUACUCGUGCAAGCAUGGUACCAACGACAUUUAUAACCCUAAUCUGGUGUGCGAAUGUACAGAGAUUGGUAAUAACAUUCCAAUCAAAAUACUCUAUGACAAGACGAAAAUCAAUUCUGAGAGCAAAUGUUUUGUGGUAGGCUAUGGAGCUUAUGGAACUCAUCUCAUGGAAGAUUUACAAGUUUCUAGUAACACAUUGUACUACUUCUAUCGUCAAUACUUUUUAGAAAGAGGAUACAUCUUUGUAUUUGCCCAUGUGAGAGGUGGUAGAGAAAAUGGUUUGACUUGGUAUCAACAAGGAAUUAAGGAACACAAGAUCAAUAGCAUGAUGGAUUUGAAGCAAGUGAUGGACUAUUUGGUGAAUGUGAGACACAUGCCUAGAAAUUAUGGAAUGUUUAUUGGGAGAGGAAUUAGUGCUGGAGGGUUGUUGAUGAUGUCCACACAUCUCAUGUUUGAACACGAACAAUUGUUUAAAUGCUUGGUGUUAAAGGUACCGUUUUUGGAUGUCCUUACCACCAUGAUGGAUGACUCACUCCCAUUGACAGAGCAUGAAUUUGAUGAAUAUGGGGAUCCAAAGAGCCAAGUUAACCUUGCGAGGAUCAUGAUGAAAUAUUCACCGUAUCAUCUUCUUAUGACGUCUUCGGUGAAGCACUUCCCUUCUCUACUGAUGACUGCGAGCCAUGAUGAUUUUCAAUGCCCCAUCUGGAAUGUUGCAAAAACAAUGGCCGUCAUUCGAAGUAAGGUAGCCGGGCAAGAACCCAAAACUCACCAUCACCUUGUUAAGGUUCACCAUUUGGGUCAUGCAGACGAAGUUUUCACAAGAACCAUGUUCGAUGAUGUAGCAAAGGAAAUUGUUUUCAUUGAAAAUGCAUUUAAACAAGAGUGA